AGAUUGCAGCUCGUAGAUGUACUCUGAACAGCCGGCCCCCCCACGGCGAGCGAGGCUUCGGGUCAGCGAGAGAGACGGAGAAGAGCAGCGUCACUCUCUCUCUCGAAGCCCAAACGACAGAAUUGGCCCUCACCGAUGGCAUGAGUCAACACCUCCAACUUGUGCAAUCCCAGUUCCUCCUCUUUGGCGCCCUCCUCUGCCGUCGUCGACUGUUCCUUCUUCUCCUUGCGUCUGGAGCGCUUGCGUUUGCCGGCGCCGCCCGCGGCGCUGCUCGGCUGCGCCGCGGCGGCGGCCUCCUGCCGCUCGGCCUCCCUGCGCGCCUCGACCUCGGCAACGCACGCCGGCACGAGCGAGCAGAGCGUGAGGAGACAGUCGUUGAUCUUCUCGCGGCGGCGGCGCUCGAUUUGCGAAUGCGUGGCGCGCCGCUUCGAGUCGCGCGGCGCCUUGUGCGCGGGCGACGAGGCAGCAAGGCCACUCAUGGCGCGAGUCGCGGGCAGAGGCAGCGCAAAGAGAGGAGCGCUGCUGCUGCUGCUGCUGCUGCUGCUGCUGCUGCUGCUGCUGCUGCUGCUGCUGCUGCUGCUGCUGCUGCUGCUGCUGCUGCUUGCCGCGAAGCCGACGGUGCGGGACUGGCGCGAGGUGCUGGCGCGGCUGCUGCUGGUCAGGCGGCGACUCGGAUCGUGCAGAGAGAAUGCAGGACUCGGCGAGGCAAAGGGCGUGGACAGCAGUGCGGGCAUGUGAGACGGACAAGUGGGAUGGUGGAGGAGAAGGAAGGGCAGCGCAUGCACUGCCGUGCCCUUCGCCCAGCAAGCAGCUCAGUAGCGUCAGGCGCGUGCUGCUCGCACCAGCUCUCCAGCGUCCGCAAAAGUUGGCACUGCCUUGCCGCUGCAGCGUGCGUCGGUCUGUGCGGAGGAGAGCCGGGCGGGCGGGCGGAGAGGAGACUGGGCCGCUGCCUUGCCUUGUGCUUGGAAGAGCAGGCAGGCCUCCUCGGCGUCAGGGCGCGUGCGCUCGCCUCCGCCUCUGCCUCCUCUCACGCGGCCUGUGUCCAGCCGUACCGAUCGUCGUGCGCCGUUUCUGCGCUGCUGAUCUCCAUCUCCCUCCUUCUCCGCGCGCGUUGCAGCAGCAGCAUCUCAGCAGCAGCAGCCGGCAGCGCAGGCACCGCAGCAGCGCAGCGAACAGCCUGACGGAGGCAAGAGUGCGCACGUCGCGUGACGAGGGCGUGCGCGCGCCAGGUCG